AUGCCCCAGCAAAGUAUCCUAAUUGUUGAACUGUUUGAUAUUUGGGGUAUUGAUUUCAUGGGACCAUUCCCAUCUUCUAAAGGGAACCAAUACAUUUUAGUGGCUAUGGAAUAUGUUUCAAAGUGGGUCGAAGCCAUUGCAGCACCAACCAAUCAAGGAUCAGUGGUCCUGAAGUUCCUCCAAGGGGUUGUAUUUCCACGUUUUGGAAUUCCACGCAUUAUUCUUAGCGAUGGGAGGAAGCAUUUCAUUAAUAAACCGUUUGCUAACCUACUAGUAAAGUAUGGCAUUAAUCAUCGCGUGGCUACACCUUACCACCCACAGACAUCUAUUGGGAUGUCCCCAUUCCGACUUGUUUAUGGGAAAGCUUGUCAUCUACCUAUGGAGCUGGAGCAUAAAGCUUAUUGGGCCAUUAAAGAGUUAAAUUUCGCAAAUGACUCAGCUGGGGAAAAGCAGAAAUUGCAGUUAAAUGAGCUAGAGGAAAUUCGUCAAGGUGCUUAUGAUAGUUCUCGCAUCUACAAGGAAAGAACUAAGGCAUUUCAUGAUAGUCAAAUUUUACGGAAGGAAUUUCAACCAGGGCAAAAGGUUCUGUUACUUAGUUCAAGGCUCAAGUUAUUUCCAGGGAAAUUAAAAUCUCGCUGGACUGGACCCUACUUGGUGACUCAAGUUUUUUCUCAUGGGGCAAUUGUACUAACUAAUGAGGCUAAAGGAAAUGCAUUCAAGGUGAAUGGUCAUAGGCUGAAGCCCUACGUGGAGACACCUUUCGACAUUGCAAACGAGUUAUUGACUCUGAAGGAACCAGUGAUUUGA